ACGUUAUUUAAUCGCCGUUGUAAGUGUUUUCUCAAUCAUCGAUAUUUCCGUUUUCUCCAAUUGGCCAUUUCUUUCCACCCCUCUCUGAAAAAACCUCCACCUUCUACCUCUUCUUCUUCCUUUCUCUACGGUUCGUUUUUUACCCGAACCGUUUCAAAUCACACUCUCACAGAAAACUUAAUCAAACUAACCGCUGAAGAAAAUUCACCAAAUCAAUUCAACUCUUCUCACGGUUGUUAGAGAUCGGAGAGGAGAAGAUCUAUGGCGCAUAGGGUGGAUCAUGAGUAUGAUUACUUGUUCAAGAUCGUUUUGAUCGGGGAUUCUGGUGUUGGUAAAUCCAACAUUCUCUCUAGGUUUACUAGAAAUGAGUUUUGUUUGGAGUCUAAAUCUACUAUUGGUGUUGAAUUCGCCACCAGAACCCUUCAGGUAGAGGGAAAGACUGUAAAGGCACAGAUCUGGGACACAGCAGGUCAGGAGCGGUACCGUGCCAUUACUAGUGCCUAUUACAGAGGAGCUGUUGGUGCUCUCCUUGUAUAUGACAUUACCAAGAGGCAAACCUUUGACAAUGUCAACCGGUGGCUGCGUGAAUUAAGGGACCAUGCGGAUUCUAACAUAGUGAUCAUGAUGGCAGGAAAUAAGUCUGAUUUGAACCAUCUUAGAGCUGUUUCAGAGGAUGACGGUCAAGCAUUGGCAGAGAAGGAGGGUCUCUCUUUUCUCGAGACAUCUGCAUUGGAAGCAACCAACAUUGAGAAGGCAUUCCAAACCAUAUUGACAGAGAUUUAUCAUAUUGUAAGCAAAAAAGCACUUGCAGCUCAGGAAGCAGCUGGUACCUCACUUCCUGGCCAAGGAACCACCAUCAAUGUUGCAGAUUCAUCUGCCAAUACAAAGAGAGGCUGCUGUUCGACUUAAUGUGACAUUUUCAGAUAAAUCGUUACUAGCAGAUAGUAUUUUUUCCCCCAAUUCUGAUUUUGCUCCUUUCUCUUUUUAUUUUUCCUUCUUUAUGGGUGAGAGAUAAACAUGUAGAUUACAUUUUACUUUGUUGAGUUGCGAUGAGGAAGCUUGUGAAAGAUUCAAAACUAGUUGUUGCUAGUUUCUUUGGUUAUCUCUUCCUUGAUGUGAUAGUUUCUUUUGAAUUGAUGUAAUAUUGGAUCUGACAGAUAUUUGAUGAUAUAGCGUUGGUUAAUGAGAAUCUGACGUUUCAGGGAGGUUUUGUAAGAUUAAAACUGCAUUCGGUGUUUGUUUAUUAAAUUGUUACAAGGUUACUUGAGAUGUUUUCACCGAAUGUAUGAUAAUCCCCUUUGGAAUGGAAUAUAUAUAUUUUUGGUA